GAGGAGGAGGAGCCUCCAGCUCCGAGCCCGAAAGCUAAAGCAAAAGGCCGCGCCUCCAAAGAUGAGGAGCCGGCGGGCAAAGCUAAAGCUAAGGCAAAGGCUAAGGCUAGCCAGAAGGCCAGCCAAGAAGAGGCGUCCACCUUGCCUACUAGUCUGGAUGACAUCACUCCUGCAGAUGGCGAGAUCUUCUACGAAGAUGGUGAGUGGAGUGUGGAGUACGCAAAGUCUGGCCGCUCAACGUGCAGAAUCUCUCAGGAGAAAAUUCCAGCCGGGGUUCUCAGGUUCGGCAAAACGGUAAAGUCCGACUCAUUCGAUGGCAACAUGACCAUAUGGUACCAUGCCGCUGCCCUAUUGUCGGGGAACAUCCUGCCAAGCUCGGUGAACAUAGUCUCGGGAUUUUCGAGUCUGAAGCCCGCUGACCAGAAGGCCAUCGCGAAGAUCAUCCCCAAAGGGGAGGGCGCAGGAGCCAGUGAUUCAAAGCUGGCCACGCAGGGCAAAAAACUGCACGAGGUCUUAGACGUCUUGAAUCAGAUGCAGCCGAAGCAGCUCGGCGAGAUGGCAGCUUUGAACAACUACCCUUCGCAGAAGCUGCAUGUUUCUAGCACCUUGGCGCAGCUGUGCGCAGAUGGCAUCUUAUUUGGUGCGACGCAGCCUUGCGAGGUCUGCAAGGAUCACGGAAGGGCCGGUACCAUCCUCCUGGAUGGAGAGGUGUACAAAUGCACCGGAUGGAUGACAGACCACUUGAAAUGUGAUUUCCAGACCCAGAGCCCGGGGCGCGACAUGUGGCAGCUAACCCCGGCAGCCGAACAGGCAGCAAACGGCAAGCUGGGCAAGCUGAAGCUGAAGGUGGGAACCCGACUCUUCGCCACGAAGAUGUCCGCGGAUGGCACAAUGCCCUCCCAGUCGAGCUCCAGCUCGCAAGCAAGGCCGCCCCUGCUGAACUUGAGCGUCUACGUGUCCAAGGACUUCUCAGCUGACGAGAGGAAGGAGAUUGAAGGGCUCGUGAAGUCUCACAUGGGCAAGAUCUGCACGACCAUUACGAAGGCAACGUGCUUCGUUGUGUCCUCCCCCGAGCUUAUUCAAUCGGACACCGAGGAAAAGGAGGCAGCCAAGAGUGAUGGUGUCCCUGGGGUCGAGAAGAGCUUCCUUGACAACCUGAAGGCCGGAACCACCACCGACAUGACUGCGCAUCUACUCUGGGGUGAAGCACCCCGCAUGUUCAGAGCCAUCGCAGAAACGGGCACGGCUAAGACUGUUGAAAAGGAAGGCGUUGCAAUGGACACAGACAUUGGAGAGCUGAUCGAACGAGCUCAUGUGCUGAUCGACAGGCCGAAGAACCGCGUGUACAGCGAGACCUUGAGCCUCACGGACAUGACCUCGGGCUCCAAUUCCUUCUACAAGCUUUAUGUGCUGGAGUCUGACAAGGACUCCGGCGGCAGCUGCUACUGGGUGUGGAGGAAGUGGGGUCGCAUAGGUGUGAGCCAGGGUGGCACGAAGCUUGAGGAGUUCCAUUCCGACCAAGCAGCAGCCGUCCGGCAGUUCAGCAAGCUCUAUCUCGACAAAACUGGAAACACUUACGGCCACAAGCCCUCGGAGUUUGUGCAGAAGCCCGGAAAGUUUAGCCGCGUCGAUGUGGCACACAAGGCAUUGCAGAAGAAGAAGCAGAAGACCGACGAAGAGGAGCCCGAACCGUCACAAGACGAAGUUCAGGACGGCCAGCCUUUGGGUCAGCUGUCCAAGGCAGCUGUCGAGAAGGGAAACGCUGUCCUUGACAAGAUCGAGUCCAUUCUGUCCGAGGUUGUGGAAGGAGCCCCACUGAGCCCGGUCCAGAAGGGGAAGGUCAAGGCUGAAUCCGCGGAGUUCUAUGCCCUCAUUCCGCACAACUUCGGCAUCAAGGCACCUCCGCCAAUCGACACACAGGACCUCCUCGGAGCUGAGCGUGCCCUCCUCCAGUUCUACUUGCGCAUGGGUUUCGAGGAGAUCGGCGGAGGAGAAGACGAGGAGAAACUCACACCGAUCUCCGGAGUCAUGCAACUUGAGCUGCCGGGCACGCUGCAAGAGGGCUGCAAGGGCAUUUGUGGCAAGAAGGAUGUGGAUAGCUGCACCAAGAAGGGCAAGGUUCUGGAGAAGAAGAAAGCUGGCAAGCCACUGAAGCCAAUGGACCAUGAACUGUAUGGAGCCAUUCUGAUGUACACCGGCAACGCCAUCUACCAGGCUCUAAACAAGGCCCUGCGCGACGAAGAUCGAGACAAGGUCGGCUCCUACUUCCCGUACCUACGCAUGCUUUUCGAGGCCUGUGGCAGGCUCCCAGUUCGAAAAGUUACUCUCUGGCGCGGAGUUGGAGUUGACCUCUUUGACCAGUACAAGGUUGGCAGCACCAUCACAUGGUGGGGUGUUUCAAGCUGUACCUCUGACGAGAAGGUCGCAAAGAACUUUGCCAGCGGCUGCGCAGGACCGUCAACGCUCCUAACAGUUGAGACGCAGACGGCGUGUGAAAUUUCCGAGUUGAGCUUCUACUCCAACGAAGCAGAGAGCAUCUUGCUUCCCGGCACCCAGCUCAAGGUCCUCGAUUCCUACAAGAAGGGGAAGACCGCUUUCAUCCGCCUCCAGGAGGUUGGCCGGCAGGUAGGAUGA